AUGUCUACUGCUGCUACAUUUGCCCGGUCCAUCGCACGCCGUUCCGUUGCUAGAACCUUGAGAACUCAAGUCGUUGCUCCCCAAUUCGCAUCACUCCGAUUUGCCUCCACGUACUACACUCCCGCUCACGAAUACAUCACCGUCGACGGAGGUGUUGGUACCGUUGGAGUAACUGACUUUGCCCAGGCUGCUUUGGGUGACAUUGUCUUUGUUGACCUUCCCGAGCUUGAGGAUGAAUUCGAAAAGGGAGAGUCCUUUGGCAGUGUCGAGUCCGUCAAGGCUGCUUCUGACGUCUAUGCCCCCGUCACUGGAAGUGUAACGGAAAUUAACGAUACUUUGACUGACGAACCCGCCUUGGUCAACACUGGUGCUGAAGAUGAUGGUUGGUUCAUCAAGAUGACUAUCAGCGAUGAAAGUGAAUUGGAAUCCCUCAUGGAUGAAGCCGCUUACAAGGAACACUGCGAGAAGGAAUCCAGCUAA